AUGAAGCCUCACCCGCACAAGAAGAGGAAGCAUUCAAUGCAAGCCAAUCCUCCCGAACAAGAGAAAGAGAAAUCUGAAAAGCUCUCUGCAAAGGAACUCGGAAAGGUUGAGGGCUUCCGAAUACCCAAUAAUUCUACAGAAUGGCAGGAAUUUGUGCGGAGCGCAAAAUUGCAAACAUUGACCAUCAAGACCUUGCCGAAAUUCGGCAACCACAUGAGCAAGUUCGGAUUCAGUAAGAACAUGUUGAGGGCGGCAACAACGCUACUUGAUCAAUCCCGAGACUGGGCCGGAUACAUUCGGACUCUUCAAGAACACAUCUCUAUCUGGGAAUUGAGGGAAUCACAUGGUGAGCUUUGGCCGGGAUCAUUUAUGGCUGCUAAGCGGCUACAUAAGCAGACAGCCACGGUACAAGAAACGCACGAUCUAUACAGUCACGCCAACAAUCAGAAGUCCGAAAAGUGCCGAGAUGCGGAGGAUGAAGCAACGCCAAAUGCGGCACUUAUUGUUCUGCUUCAGGAAAUUACGCACAUAGUAGAACGAACAGACUUUGUGUGGGUGCCAAACAGAGCUGGCUUUCUUGCCGAUUUUAGCGAUGGGCGACGAUAUCGCGCCUUCACAGAUGGAGUGCUGCGUUCUACGAGUGAUUUUAAAGUCUUCUCUAUCACUGAAGCUAAAAAGGGGUUUCGGUCGCACCAUGUCAUUAUUCAAGAAGCUUGCGAAAUAGCAGCUUUGAUGAUGACGUCUCCGGAGUCAGCGGUUUUCGAAGGCCACUUUUUGCUUGUAUCUCAAGACCGGCACCAGAUUUUCUUGACCUUUGUUAAAUAUGAAAAGGAACUUGAGAAUUAUUACAGGAAUAAUGCAGCCUGUGAUAAGUUUCUCAUUCUGGAAACAUUUGGCCCAUAUGAUGCUGAAGAUCCCGGUUGCGUUGUCGAUCUUGCAAAAGUCAUCAUUGCUGCAAUCUGGAUAAUAAAAAGAAGCCUUUCGAGUGGGGCGGUUUUACAGAAUCAGGCAUGA